CUUUGUUCCCGGACAUGACGUCAGGAAACAGGUAGAGUUUGUCUGCCAGGAAAUUUUAUGGUGAGCCAUGGUUUUGUAUUCUGUUGACAGUAGGAGACAACAUUUUAUUUAACCAGCCCAACUGGCAUCAACGAAAGGGUGUCUGUCAGACACGAAGUUUGACGUAUUGUAACAGCAACAGGAGUGACCAAGUGGAACAAUGGAGUCCAUGCUAAAUAAGCUGAAAAGCACCGUUACCAAGGUAACAGCUGAUGUUACAGGUGCAGUAAUGGGCAAUCCAGUCACCAGAGAGUUUGAAGUGGGCAAACACAUUGCCAGUGCUGGACCAGGACUUGUAUGGAAGGUCUAUCAUGGCAUUAAAAAAUCCACCAAACAAGAAGUUGCUGUACUUGUGUUUGAUAAAAAACUGGCAGAUCGAUUUCAGAAAUUUGAGAAAGAUCAGAUUAUUGACUCGCUGAAGCGAGGAGUUCAACAGCUCACACGAUUACGCCAUCCUCGACUGCUUACAGUCCAGCACCCUCUUGAGGAAUCCAGGGACUGCCUAGCAUUUUGUACAGAGCCCAUCUUUGCAAGUUUAGCAAAUGUCCUUGGCAGUUGGGAUAACCUUCCCUCUCCUGUACCUGCUGAAAUCAAGGAUCAUAAACUUUAUGAUAUUGAAACUAAAUAUGGACUUCUGCAGGUCGCUGAAGGCUUGAGUUUUCUUCACAGCAGUGUGAAAAUGAUCCAUGGGAAUCUGACUCCUGAAAACAUUGUUUUGAAUAAAAGUGGAACUUGGAAAAUUAUGGGCUUUGACUUCUGCAUUCCUUCCACUAACCCAUCUGAUCAAGAGCCAAAAUACACAUGUAAGGAGUGGGACCCAAAUGCACCUCUUUACUGUCAGCCUAAUCCAGACUAUCUAGCACCAGAAUACAUUCUGUCUGUGACCUGUGACACAGCUAGUGACAUGUACUCUCUGGGAUGCAUUUUUUAUGCAUUGUUUAACGAUGGAAGACCAAUCUUUGCAGUAAACAAACAAGACGUCUUCAAGAGUUUCAGUAGACAGCUGGACCAGCUCAGUCGUUUAGGUCUCAAAGAACUUCAAAAGAUCCCUGAAGAAGUUCGUGAGCAUGUGAAGAUGUUGUUAAAUGUAACUCCAACUGUUCGGCCAGAUGCAGAUCAAAUGACUAAAAUACCUUUCUUUGAUGAUGUUGGAGCCAUGACACUGCAAUACUUUGACACCUUAUUUCAGAGGGAUAAUUUGCAAAAGUCUCAGUUUUAUAAGGGAUUACCAAAGGUUCUAUCAAAAUUACCGAAGCGUGUUGUUGUGCAGCGUAUUCUGCCAGCCUUAACAGCAGAGUUUGUCAAUCCUGACAUGGUACCAUUUGUUCUUCCUAAUGUACUUCUGAUUGCAGAAGAGUGUACCAAAGAAGAAUAUGUAUCUCUAAUCCUUCCAGAUCUUACACCAGUCUUUAAAAUGCAAGAACCUAUUCAGGCCAGCAACAUGAUAUUGUUAAUUUUUCUUCAAAAAAUGGACCUGCUCCUGACCAAAACACCUUCUGAUGGAAUAAAGAAUUGUGUACUUCCAAUGGUUUUCCGAGCUUUGGAAGCACCAUCUAUUCAAAUACAGGAACUUUGUUUAAACAUCAUUCCAACUUUUGCAAACCUCAUAGAUUAUCCAGCCAUGAAAAAUUCUGUCAUCCCACGGAUAAAAAAUGCCUGUUUACAGACCUCAUCCCUUGCAGUACGUGUCAACUCACUGGUUUGUUUGGGAAAGAUUUUGGAAUACCUAGAUAAAUGGUAUGUCCUAGAUGAAAUCCUUCCAUUUCUACACCAAAUACCAUCCAGGGAGCCAGCAGUGCUUAUGGGAAUUUUAGGCAUCUACAAAUGCUCUUUAACACACAAGAAACUUGGAAUCACAAAAGAUCACCUUGCUGGGAAAGUGUUGCCCCAUCUUAUUCCUUUGUGCAUCGACAACAAUCUCAAUUUAAACCAGUUCAAUGCAUUCAUGGCUGUAGUAAAGGAUAUGAUUAAUAAACUGGAGGCAGAACACAAGACCAAACUGGAACAGUUGCACAUGAUGCAGGAACAACAGAAGACACUGGAUUUGAAUUCUGUGAAUAAAACAGAGGACAGUAAAGGAAGCAAUGGCAAUCAGAUUGACAGCAUUUUUAAAAGUUGUGGAGCCGAAAUCUCACCUGGAGGACCAGAGAGCAAAGAAAAUGGACCUCUGCCAACAUCACGCCAGCAGGCAAAAGCUUCACUUACCCUGGAGGAGAAGCAAAAAUUAGCAAAGGAGCAGGAACAGGCACAGAAACUGAGAAAUCAAACACCACUGACUCCCAAGACCCUCACACCUGCAGCUCCUGCUGCCAAGGCAAAGGACUUGACAAAUACUUUACUAGACAACAUUUCUUCACUGGGCAACCUUUCGGUCAGUACUCCAAAGACUUUGCACUCUGGUUCUACAAGCAACUUUGCUUCAGUGCCUCCAAUGACAACUAACCUAGGCUUCACGGGAAGCACCAGCAGCGUGAACACUAUGGGUGGCAUGAGCAAUGGAUUUACCUCUGGAAUGGGAUAUCAGUCUUCUGGGUAUAACAUGACAAUGAACACACCUAAUUCCAGUCUCUUUGCUGGUGCUACAUCUACUGGGAUAAACAUGGGGACUAUGGCACCUUCUGCGAACAUGCCAAAUUACAUGGGGGUGAUUCAACAACCCCAACAAAGCAAACCCAAAGACCUGUCUGCACUGGAUAGUCUUCUGGGUAAUCAAAAACCUAAAGUCAGUAUGAACCAAAUGAUGAAUCCGAAUCCAAAUCCAUGGCUAAACCAGUUUGCAACUCCACAGGUAUCAAAAAGUAUUAUCAGUCCAGCAGCUGCUUCCCAGCACAGUAUAGUUGGUCAGACUGGCUUCGGAAUGCAGAGCAAUCCCUUCUUUAGUCCACAGAACUUUACACAACCAACCAUGCCACCUAACAACACAAUGACCACCAGCAGUUCUGCUAGCAAUGACUUGAAAGAUCUUUUUGGUUAAAUAUGCUUUUGCUUUACCAUUUAGGCAAGAAGAAUAUCGGUUUAAUCAUGGGUAGGCUGGAAAGUUCAUUUCUGAAGCAGUGGGGCUAAAAAUGUUAGCUGAUUGACACACACAUUUGAGAAUACUCCCUAAACUGGCAUUGCAUUUGUGAAGUAACAUCUAUCGGAAGAAGCUUCAUUGUAAUAAAUGGAGGCAACUAGCCUUCCACUGAUGAUUCUUGUGUCUAGUGGGAAGUACUGUAAGACAUUACGUGGCAUUCAUGCUUUGUGUCCAUACUGUGAUGCAUUUGUUUACAAAUGUUGCCUUUUGAAGUAGUAGACCAUGACACAUUCCUUUUAUCAAACAGUACAGUUGAAUGUAUUUGAUACCAUUCCCCCUCUAGUGCCAGCAUUGUCAUCUACCUAGUAGUCUCCAUUCCCUGAUCCUGCAGCAUAAGUUUGUUGAUCCACCUUUUAGCACUCUCUGUCAUCAUCCAUGUGACCAGGAUCAACGGACCACAAUCUUGGGUUCUGUUUGUUUUAGUACCUUCCAGGUAGGUGUCAAAAAAUGUCAAGAGUUUAAUCUCACUGGUAGACACUGUUAUUCUAUAAAGGAGAAUAGUCUUCUUAAUGCUGUAAGGAGUUCUGUAUGUGUGAAAUUGUAAGCACUUUCGCACAGUCAGCUAACUUAACAUUUGUUUAUAUUAGUUGACCUUCACCACCCUUCUGCAGAUAAUCUGGAAUUCUUUUCUAGACAUUGUUUACCUGCAUUGUGGUGCUGUUCACUACCUCUAGGCCAUUUGAUGGUGUCUCACACAGUCAGGGGUGUAGCCAGAAAUUGCUGUUUUUUACUCAGACCUUGUAUUGUUACCUCCACCACUUUACUAAGCAUUUGAAAAAAUGUACAAAUCUCUCCAUGUAUUGUCUACAACACCCAAAAGAAAUGUACAUGUUAUUUUCAACUGUUGGUCCCCAUCCACAACCACAAAAGUCUGCUUUUACUAUUUUUCAACAUGUCAUGCAUGCAUUGCAGACAGAUUACACUGUUCUAGACAUCCUGUGGCUUUGAGAGCAAUAAUGUUUUGAGAGAAGUUCAGAAAGAAGUUUAGUUUUUGAAUAUGUAGAAGAUGCCUGUCUGCACCCUUGGCUGCAUUUUUUUUUUUUACUUAGCGUGUAAAAAUUGAAAUUUACAGUUUUUCUCCCUUGUUUUGCCACUUUGCAACAACGUUUGGGGAUGAGUCUCAGUCCUUGCAGACUUGUGUUUAAAUUUUGUUACAUCAAGUGUACAACAAUGCGAUAGUGACUUUUUUUUUUCCAAUGGUCGCAGAAAAGGAAGGACAAAAGUGGUCCUUUGAGAGCUGUAAUAUCAGUAGCUUGGAAUCAUAUUAGAAUUUUGUAUUAAUAUUGCAGCUUCUUGUUACCAGACAGUGUAGUAUUGAUUGCUGCUGGGAAAGGUCAGAGGAUUAAAAAAACAGUGCGUUACUUUAUUCUUUUAGUUGAAGAAGUUAUAAGCUGUCUUGAUAGCAUCACCAUUCCUUCCAGCAUCAGUCCACAGUUUAAAUUUCAGCCAGUGUUGCCAUCACAAUGUUGAAAUGUUAUUCUAAUGGAUAACUGCUAUUUUCUGUGUCCUACUCGUAUGCUUGUAUUUCAGACUCUUUUAGCAUUUCAUGUUCUUUCAAGUGAUAAUACUGUAUUCAUCACACUUAAAUUAUAUGGCAGCAGGCCUGACAUUAUAAGAGACAACUGAGAGUUGGAAGGUAAGAAGUUAACUGUAUAUCAGACUAAAUCUUGUGAUAAAUUUCUGCUUUCUUAUACAUUUUAUAGAAACACUCAUAUGAGAGGCAUUUGGUAAAAACUAUCUGAAAUAUGGAUAGCAUGUCAAUCCUCUGAAGUGUUGCUUUAAAUAUUAAUGGAGAAAAAGCACAGAAAACAUGUUUAAGUUGAAGCUGUGUUAACUAUAUGUGGAACUAUUUCAGCCGAGACUACAUAACCUGAAUGUGGGGGUAUUUAUUUUAUCCACAGACUAGUCAACUUAAUGAAUCUCAGUAUGUUCAAUUAUUUAAUUAAUGAAGUUUUUCUUACCAUGUCAAGUAGGAAGAUGAGCUGCACACACAUUUUGCUGGUCCACCACAGUCUGUACAGCUAGUGGGCUAGUGCCAAAUCCCUUCUUUGCAGUUCUCGCCUUGGAGUAUAUUUUUAGCUGAUCUGUUAUACAAAUUAUGCAGUGUACUUCAGUUCCAUUGGAACGCUUAUGACUUUAUUUGAAAGUUUUUCCAUGCUUUAUUUUUCAAAGCUUUUUUUCACACAAUCUCACUCUUCUUUCAUUUGCUGCUUAAGAAACCACUGAGCCUUAUGCUGUGAAUGUGUCUUGUCACAUUGAUGUUCCCACUGAUGUGUUUUUAAAAUUGAUAGCAAAUUCUCUUUGUAUAUUGCAGGUAUUCCCUUUCUAAAACAGUUUGUCAUGUACUGAAUGCUGCCUUAGUAUAUUUUUAUUGUGAUUGUUAGGGACCAGAUGAUAUUUUUAAAUAAUUCUGUUGUAAAAGAUUGAGGGUGCCUGUUCAUGCACUUGGCUCUGUCCUUUAGAUAAAAUCAGUUACCUUUUUGUCUAAAGGGGUCUCAUUAAAAAAUCCAGAUUAAAUAAAGACAGUAAGUUAUU